AGAAAUCCAAUUUUAAAAAUUAAUAAGAAAAUGAAUAAAAUCGAAGUAAGUAAUAGCUCUGAAAGGUUAUUAGAAGAAAAAAUCAGAGAGUUAUUUUUAUCAUAUGGUGAAAUUAAAGAAUUUAAGUUAAGCAAAGAACUAGAUGGAUCUCAUAAAAUAAGAAUUAGGGUUAAUUCAUGCGAAACAAAGAAAACAGAGUUACUUUCAAAUGAUACGCAAGUUAAAGAUUCUAAAGAUAUUGAAAAAAAAGAUUUCAGUAAUCGACAAAAAAAUGAAGAAUUUUUUAUAUUUUAUGUUAUUACUGUUAUUUUAAAUUAUUUUAAGGGAUUAGUCAAGCAGCAAGUUGAUGUUUUUAUUAAAUAUUUAUCAUAUAUUUAUGCUAUUGCGAGUAAUAUACAUGAAAAAGGAACAAAAUUAGAUGAAAAAUACAAAAUAUUGGAUCAUUUAUUUGUAUUUUUUCGAGUUAUUUUAAAAAAGAUCAAAACAAUUAAUGAUAAAUAUAUGGUUGAUCAAAAAAUCAAAAAUUUUAAUUCAAAACAUAAUAUUUUGAACACUAUUCAAGAAAAGGGACGUAUUAUUCUCUAUAAUUUUCAAUAUAUAAUGAGUACAAAAACAAGAAAUAAAAUACAGGUAUUUUAUACCGAGUUGUGCAAAAAAUGUAAGAACAUACAUGAAGAAGCAUACAGACUUGCAAAUCUUAAACAAGAAAAAGUUAAAAUUCAGUGAAACUAUUAUUAUUUAAAAACACUACAAAAUUGAAUUUUUUCGAUAUCCUAGCUAUACAUUUUCAAAGACACGUUUCGCACAGAAUUUUUUUAGAUAAAUAUUUAUUUUUUGACAUGAGGAUUUCUUAAUCUAUAUUUCUUACUAACCUUUCAUUUUUUUUAUUAGCCUUUCGUUAAUCAUUAAUUCUCUUUA